GAACAUUCUCUGGAUUUAGAUGCUGCAGUUCAUUGGCCAGUCUGCAACACAAUUAGGAAACAUCCCUUAAUCUCACAAGUUAAAUUCUCGAGACUUUAUGUUCCCUUUCAACAUCUAAAGAGAACUAGAGGGAGAUCGAACUGGCCACUGGAGAGAGCAUAACUGUGUGCUGCUUGGGACCUCCCAGCUACCCACAGAGGCCAGCAUGUCGUGGGUCCUGCUUUCUGUCCUGUGGCUCAUCAUUCAAACCCAAGUGAUAGAUACAAAGUCAAGCCCCGAGUUAAAGCUCCACGAAAUAGUUCAUCCUAAAAAACUAAACAUUUCACCCAGAAGUGGAACUGAGAACAACCAGACAGAGAGAUAUGGCAAAGAGGAAAGAUUUGCUCCUGAAGUUCAGUAUCAGAUCAUACUAAAUGGAGAAGAAAUUAUCUUUCACCUAAAGAGAACCAAGCAUCUUCUGGGGCCUGAGGACACUGAAACAUCUUACUCACCCAAAGGAGAAGAAGGGACCAGACGCUCUCAGGAUGUGAAACCCUGCUACUAUGAAGGCCACAUCCUGAAUGCAAGGGACUCUCUUGCCAGUAUCAGUACAUGUGAUGGGUUGAGAGGGUACUUCACACAUCAUGAUCAAAGAUAUCAGAUAAAGCCUCUGCAAGGCACAGAUGAGGGGGAACAUGCCGUCCUUCCAGACAGCCAGGGGGAACCAGACACCGCUAAAUACAAGCAUGCUGACGAGCAUGCUGGCAGGAAACGAAGCCAUCUUCGAAUCUCCAGGUCAUUAAAAAGCCCAAAUGAAGACCCCCUUCAAGUGCAGAAAUACCUUAACCUCUUCUUGGUGCUGGAUAACGCCUUUUAUAAGAUGCAUAAUGGGAAUGUGACUCGGAUAAGAAGCUUUGUGUUUGAGGUGCUGAACUUGCUCAAUGUGAUUUUCAGAACCGUUGGUACUCGAGUGUCUUUGGUGGAUAUGGAAAUCUGGUCUGACAGCGAUAAGAUAAAGGUGGUACCCGAGAUUGGGACCACAUUCCGAAGCUUCAUGAGAUGGCACUACUCUGUGGUGGGGAAAAAGAAGUUCCAUAACCAUGCCCAGCUUCUCAGUGGAUCUGGCUUCCUCCAAGGGCGUGUAGGAAUGGCAGCUUCGAAGUCCUUGUGUUCUACAUCGUCAGUGUCCGUUAUUGAGGCUAAACGAAAGAACGGUGUGACUCUUGCAGCAGUGAUGUCACAUGAGUUGGGCCAUGCCCUUGGUAUGAAGGACGUUGUCUAUAGUACCAGGUGUCCCUCUGGCAGCUGUGUGAUGAAUCAGUACCUGAGUUCAAAAUUCCCCAAGGAUUUCAGUACUGCCAGUCGCUCACUUUUUAAAGGGUUCCUUUCCUCUAGAAGUGGAAGAUGUCUGAUGCAGGCACCUAAUCCUAAAAACUUCAUAAAAUUGACAUGUGGGAACCAAGUUCUGGAAACAGGGGAAGGCUGCGACUGUGGAUCUCCUGAGGAAUGUACCAAUCUCUGCUGUGAGCCCCUCACAUGUAGGUUGAAAUCCCCACCUGCCUGUCGAAAAGAAGCAUCCAACCAUGUCACAAAAUGAUCCAGUGUGUACUUCCUUGAGAAGCUGCUCUGCCAGGACCAAAGUCUAGAACCUGAUACACCAGGAGUCUUGCCUAGUUUCACUUUGUGCUUUUAUGUAGACUUGCCUCUGAAUGUAGCGUGGGAAUCCAUAGAUUUAGUCACUGGACAGUAAUAUCCCCAAUCACACUUGUGUCUCUAGUGACUGUGUAGACAGUUUCUCAAUUUCUCCUAAAUAAUACAGUGUAACAACUAUUUGCACAGCAUUUUCAUUGUCAAAGUUAUUAGGUGUUAGAAGUAGUCUUGAGAUGACAAAACAUUUAGAAGACUUUCAAUAGUUGUAAACAAAUAUACUCCAGUUCUUAUAAGGGACCUCCAGUCCAAAGAUUUAGGUAUCUGUAUGUUCCUGGAGCCAAUCCCUACUAGACACUGAAGAAAGACUUUUGCUUUUCUCUUUCCAUCCUACUUUGCAUUCCAGUCAACAGAUCAACAGAUGUGAGAUGUUGCCUAUAGGUGUAGGUUUUAUCUGCGGUGUGACUGCGAGAACCCUGAAGGUGUAGUUUUUGUUUCAGUCUUUGGAAAACAAAAGAAAUGAACCUUUGCUGAAACCUCAACACAUUCCACUGAAUGGUUGAGUUGAUCCCAAACUGCAAAAGGACAAGUGAUUUAACACUGAAUCCCUCUCCUAGUAUAGGAAAGGCAGAGCCCCAGUCCCUUGCUGUCCUUCACUUCAUCCAACUCCUGUAAAUGUCCCAGCUUUGCUAUCUCUUGGAAUAUUGAUUACAUCCAAACACUUUCCAUGUGAUCAAAUAUAGUUUCUCACAUUUCUCUCACUGUCAUGUGUAAGAUUUAUUUUAAGAAAUCUGUUAUUUGCAACUUAGUGGAAAUGGAAAGAUAAGGCUUCAUUUAUUGGUUGAUGUAAUAAACUGUGCUAUCAAUAAAAACAGUGAAUCCGCAAAACAA